GCUGAAGUCAUCUGUAAGCUCAACAUGACUGAUAGCUUUGCCUUUGGAUCCCUAAUAUCUGCAGUUGACCCGGUAGCCACAAUUGCUAUCUUCAACGCCCUUAAUGUCGAUCCUGUACUUAACAUGUUGGUCUUUGGGGAGAGUAUUCUCAAUGAUGCAGUCUCAAUUGUCCUGACAAACACUGCCGAAGGUUUGACAAGAGAACAUACGUCAGAUGUAAGCGGAUGGCAAACCUUUCUACAGGCACUGGGAUAUUUUCUGAAGAUGUUCUUUGGUUCUGCAGCGCUAGGGACUCUUACCGGCCUUAUUUCCGCAGUAGUGUUAAAGCAUAUUGAUCUGCGGAAAACUCCCUCCCUGGAGUUUGGAAUGAUGAUCAUCUUUGCUUAUCUUCCGUACGGACUCUCAGAAGGCAUUUCUCUCUCAGGUAUCAUGGCGAUCUUGUUCUCGGGCAUCGUAAUGUCUCACUACACCCACCACAACCUUUCUCCAGUUACGCAGAUCCUGAUGCAGCAGACUUUGAGAACUGUCGCAUUCAUGUGCGAAACGUGCGUUUUUGCUUUUCUGGGCCUGUCGAUCUUUAGCUUUCCUCACAAGUUUGAAAUGUCCUUUGUCAUCUGGUGCAUAGUACUCGUGCUUUUUGGCAGAGCUGUCAAUAUUUUUCCACUCUCCUACCUGCUCAAUUUCUUCCGCGAUCACAAGAUCACCCCCAAAAUGAUGUUCAUCAUGUGGUUUAGCGGCUUACGCGGGGCGAUCCCCUAUGCCCUGAGUCUCCACUUGGGCCUCGAACCGAUUGAAAAGCGGCAGCUGAUUGGGACCACCACCAUCAUCAUCGUUUUGUUCACCAUCUUACUGCUGGGCGGAGGGACCAUGCCCUUAAUCAGACUGAUCGAUAUCGAAGACUCGAAAGCCCGUCGGAAGAGCAAGAAGGAUUUUCGGAAGAGCAAGAAGGACAUUAACCUCAGCAAGACGGAAAAAAUGGGAAAUACCAUUGAAUCGGAACACUUGUCGGAACUCACCGAGGAGGAGUAUGAGGCCCACUACAUCAAGCGCCAGGACCUCAAAGGCUUCAUGUGGCUCGACGCCAAAUACUUGAAUCCUUUCUUUACCAGACGGCUCACGCAAGAGGACCUGCACCACGGGCGGAUACAGAUGAAAACCCUCACCAACAAGUGGUAUGAAGAGGUGCGGCAAGGCCCCUCUGGAUCCGAAGACGAUGAGCAGGAGUUACUGUAGCAGGACAGAGUGGCGUACCUUGGUUUUGAACACACCAAAAAAAAAAAAAAAACCUUAAGGAAUGGAAAGAGACUGUCUCCAUAGAAGACAGGCAGCUGAGGAAAGACGAGUCUUCACAUCGUACUUGCUGGUCACAGAACAGACACCGUACACAUUUUGCCAGCUCGCUGUCUGGAAACUCCAAAAGAUGCAUCAGGAAUCGACACCGAAGGACCAUUUCCGAACACUACAUUUCCAAGUCUCGACUGAAAGUCCCGUAACAAAGAGCACCCAGCCGCAUCGGGGCCAUUAAAAACUGGGUUACACCCACGGCGAUUUGUGUUGUGGAAUGUAUGUUAAAAAAGAUUCCGUAGGGCAGCUUCAGAGCACUUUAAUUUACCCUUUCUUUGAUCUGCUGUGUCAGGGGGUGGAAAGUAAUGCUGAGUAAUACUGUGAACUAAUAUUUUAAUCAUAUACAAGUAAAUUAUUAUUUAAAGCCCGGCUAUAAUUUGCACUACCAGCAUGUUAAGGGACUCCGUGUGCUGGAGGAGAGCA